CUGAGUUCGCGCGCCUGCAUGGGAUGGGGGGGGUGUGUCAUCGGUCGUGAUGUCAGAGCACGAGGACUCUCAUGAUUGGCUCUAAUUAGAAUCUGCGGCAGCAAAUAGACACGCGUCUUGCAUGAUUGGAUUCAAAGUGGCUGGUGCCAAAAAACGCAGAGGCGCAGGAGCUCCAGACGCGCUCUCACGCGGGAGGAGGACUCGACGUCCGCUGAGCUCAGAACACAGUCACUUUCAGCUCGUUAUCAAGAGCUUAUUAGAAGAGUGUGAGGAGGAAUAGGGCGAAGCUGAUAUUCCCGGAGCGUUUGGCGUGCGCAACCACAGCAGAGCAACAACUUCAGAAACAUCAAGCAGAACAAGUUCUCCAGAAUACGAGCACCAUGGCAUCGGUCCCCAGCAGCCAAGUCAAAUGCAAGUUCAAGAGGAGGAGGAGGAGAAGGUCUAAGCAAAAAGAGAAAAUGAACAUGUUGUCUGCACUGAUCGCCCCCUUCAAGUACGUGAGCCCGGCGGCCAAUGGCACAGAAGACGAGGACACAUUGAGCACCAGCAGUGCUGAGGUCAAGGAGAACCGUAACACGGGAAACCUGGAGGAUUGCGCCAUCGUUCCGUCAGACUGCCAAUCACUCUUCCGGUCCGAUUCGCCCAGGGACGGAGCAUCCGGCCUCAAGCGAAAGCGACCUUUGGAGGAGGACAAUAACGGACAUUUGCGCAAGCUGCGUCUGUACUGCAAGAAACUGGCAUGGUCCGAUGCACCAAAGAAUGCCCUGGUCCAGUUGAACGAGCUGAGACCGGGUCUACAGUACCGGAUGGUCUCUCAGACAGGACCAGUGCACGCGCCCGUCUUUUCCAUUGCCGUAGAAGUCAACGGACUCACGUUCGAGGGCACCGGCCCUACGAAGAAGAAGGCUAAGAUGAAGGCAGCCGAAAUGGCCCUGAAGUCGUUCAUCCAAUUUCCCAAUGCCUCUCAAGCUCACUCGGCCAUGGGCGGCCUGAGCAACCCCGCGGCCGACUUCACCUCGGACCAGGCCGAUUUCCCAGACACGCUGUUCAAAGGCUUCGAGGCCGACGGCUGCCGCUCUGCCGAGAGCGACUUGCUGUCGAGCGCCCUCCGCUUGCGCCACACGUUGGACUUGAUGGUUGUGCAGGCCAGGCAGGGAGAUCCCCGCCUUACCCCACCUCCGGUCCCCACGCCCCAACCCAGCCCCGUCGUCCUGCUCAAUGACAUGCGGCCCGGCUUGCGGUACGCUUGCCUGUCGGAGCACGCCCAGGGCAAACGGGCGCACCGCAGCUUCGUCAUGGCCGUUCGAGUGGACGGCUUAAUAUUCGAGGGCUCGGGUCGCAGCAAGAAGCAAGCGAAGAGGCAGGCGGCUCUGUGUGCCCUGCAGGCGCUCUUCAACUUCAGGCUGGCACCUGAGGCGAGAGCGGGACACCGGCCCAGUAGGAUCAAAUGCCCUCAUUUGCCCCAGGAGUUUGCUGACGCGAUCUUCCAGCUGGUGCGAGAGAAAUACACAGAGCUGGCCGGCUGCUCCUCACUUCUGCACGCGCGCCAUAAAGGCCUUGCGGGCAUCGUCAUGACCAGAGGCGUGGAUCUAAGACAGGCCCAGGUGGUGGCGCUAUCAACCGGCACUAAAUGCAUUAACGGAGAAUAUAUCAGUGACCAGGGCCUGGUGGUCAACGACUGCCAUGCCGAAAUCACGACCAGACGAGCCCUGCUGCGGUUCCUGUACUCACAACUAGAGUUACACCUCAGCAAAAGGAAAGAGGACUGGGAACAAUCGAUCUUCGUACGGCACAAAGACUCCUGUUUGAGACUGCGAGAGAAUGUCCUCUUCCACAUGUACAUCAGCUCCUCACCCUGCGGGGACGCCCGCGUGAACUCGCCGUACGAAAUCACAUCUGAAUUGCACAGCAAUAGACACUUGGUGAAGAAGUUUCACAGCCACUUACGGACAAAGAUUGAAUCCGGGGAAGGGACACUGCCGGUGAAGUGCGCGGGUCCCGUUCAGACGUGGGACGGGGUCCUGCAAGGAGAACGGCUCAUCACUAUGUCCUGCACAGACAAGAUUUCCAGGUGGAAUGUGCUCGGCCUGCAGGGGGCGCUGCUCAGUCAUUUUGUGGAGCCGGUGUAUCUGUACAGCCUGACGGUGGGCAGCCUGAGACACACGGGUCACUUCUCGAGGAUGAUGAACCACCGGAUGGAAAGACUCGGCCCUCUGCCCACCUGCUACCGCCGAAACCAGCCUUUACUCAGCGGCCUGAGCAACAGUGACUGCAGGCAGCAGGGGAAGUCCGUGUGUUACAGUGUCAACUGGACGGCAGGCGACACCCAGCUGGAGGUUCUCAACGCGUUUACUGGGAAGAGGAGGGACUCCGGGGCUCCGUCCAGACUCUGCAAGCAUGCGCUUUUUGCACGCUGGAUCAGACUCUAUUGCAAGCUGGUGGUCCAUGGGCCGAGUGGUAUGCCUCUGUACUGUGAAGCGAAGCAGGCGGCCGGCACCUACCAGACCGUGAAGCUGCAGUGGUUGAAGGGUCUACGGGAAGCAGGAUUAGGGACCUGGGUCAGAAAACCUCCCGAGCAGGAAAACUUCACUCUGACUGUAUGAAUGCGGAAGCCUAACCUGCUGGGCGUAAUCGUCCUCUUGUCAGCAAAACCAACUUCGCCUGCCAUCCAGUUGCCACAGAAGCCCUUUCUCACCCCUAAAGUCACCAACAUCCCACUGCCAAAUAAUCCCCACAGAGAGAUGACACGAAUCGCGACUAGAUGGUAAACCUUGUUCUGUCAAACUCUCACAAAAUUUUCAUUUGUUGCUACCAAGGUACGGGUGAGGUAUGGAAACGUUUCUUACCUUGCCUUUCAUUGCUUCUGAAGGGUUAAAGCAAUUUUUUAGCCCUAAACCAGUAAAGCCCACACACCAAGUCUGAUUGUCUACACAACACUAAAACAAAUACUAGCCCCAACCGUAAGCUGCGAUUCUGAACAUUUAGACAGGCGACUGUGGAGUUGACCGAUAAAAAACUGAUUUGGAAAAAAAAACACGCAAUAUGAUUUAAUUACCCUUAUGAAAAUUAACCAUGGUUUUAUUAUUGUAAAAGUGUAGUAACCAUGUUUUUGGAGGAUUGAUUACCAUUUGUAUAACCACAAAAAGCCGUGGCUAAACUAGUAAAACCAUGGUUAUUUUGAGGUUACCAUGAUUUAACUGUAAGAACCAUGUUUUGGGCGUUUUAUUUUGUAGUACUUUUCGUAAGAGUAAUGUUCGUGCAUCAAAAAAAGAACCUAUAUCCAUCUUCAAUGCCAGAUUACAACAUUAACACGUUAAAUAUCUUAUUCUAGCUAAUCAAAAAAGCUUUUCUCAACCAGUUAACGCUAAUAAGCUAUGCUGUUUGCUAACUGAAGGUUAACUGAAAACAAAUGAAAAUGUUUCAAUUUUAGUUGUCACAAUAUGUUUUACGUUCUUUAAAAGGUACUAACUAGCAUAAUUUCAGAAUUAAGAAAGAAAAAAACAAAUUUGAUUUUCUAGCAUCUCUAAUCAGGCUCAGGAUAGAAUACCCAUACGUUCAUUCUGACGGUCCUGCUUUGGCGUCCGAACAGCGAAGGAUCUUACAGGACAUCGACAGCAAUAGACCUUUUAUAUCUCAUAAUUCUGACUUUAUAACAUGCAAAUGGGAGA